AUGGCGGACAAGAUGGAGGGCGUAGUAAUGGGCGGCGGUCUCGUAGACCCCAGCAAAUACCCAGUGCCCAUCGAAACUAUAUACGUCAACAACCUCGAGGAGCGCGUCAAGAUCGAUACCAUGAAGCAAGCCUUGACACGGGUCUUCCAAUACUACGGUCCGAUCCUGGAUGUUAUCGCAAAGAGCAGUCUGAAGCGCAAGGGCCAGGCAUUCAUUGUCUUUGACAGCGAGAAGGCUGCGCUGGAGGCGGUAGAGGAGAUGAACGGCUUCGAGAUGUACGGCAAGGUCAUGAAGGUGCACAGGGCGAAGACACACAGCGACGAGACAGUCAAGCGAAAGGCGCCAGAACUGUUCGACGAUCACAAGCGGAAGCGCCUGACGCUUAGGGACUUCAAGCGCGCCGAAGAAGACGCGAAAGCGCAAGCCAACCCAGUCGCCGCCGAGAAGCCUCGCGCAGCCAAAACCGGAGCAGCCGCUGUUCCCGACGAAUACGUACGACCCAACAAGACGCUCUUCUUGCAGAACAUCCCCCGCGAUGUCGACGAGGACGACCUUACGACGAUUUUCGAGCGUUUCGAAGGCUUCAAGGAAGUGCGCUUGGUCUCGGUCAGGGCUGUGGCCUUUGCGGAGUUCGAGAACGAGCAGUUUGCGAUUACAGCGAAAGAAUCGACGGCCAAUACCCCGAUCGGCGCAGAGGGCAAGCCUAUGAAAGUCACCUACCAGCGGCAACAGUAG